AUGGAUUUUCCAAACCUUAUAGACUACGCAUGGAACUCCCUGAAAGAAGGAAAAUCAAGGGAUUUCCUGGACACGAUGCUUCUGAAGAGCUGUUCACUGCAUCAAGUGUCUUUGUGCAUCCAUGUUGGCCUUUUGUGUGUCCAAGGCUGCCUAAGUGCCAGGCCACUAAUGUCGUUAGUCGUGUCUAUGCUGGACAACAAGGCCAUGCCACUCACAACACCAGAGCAGCUGUUAUAUUCCGUCGGGAGGAAGCAUGAUGCAGAAGAGGCAACGGAGAACUCUGUUAACAACGCAAGACUGACAACAUUAGCAGGGCGCUAG